ACCACCCUGACAAUAACUGGGACAAACCUGGAUGUGGUUCAGGAACCUCGGGUUCGAGUCAAAUAUGCUGGCCAUGAAUCUGUCAAUGUGUGUAAAGUUUUGAACACAACAACCAUCAGCUGCUUUGCCCCUUCUCUGAAGGCGGAUUACCAUGCCGACCAGGAAACCAUAAAACACGUGGAUGAGUUUGGCUUUGUCUUCAAUAACGUUCAGGCUCUGCUCACCUACAACAGCACAGGCUUUGUCUACUACCCCAACCCGUACCUGGAGCCGUUAAGCCUCUCAGGUGUUCUGGAGCAGAAACCUGGAGCUCCCAUCAUUCUCAAAGGUCGUAACUUGGUGCCAUCUGCCUCUGGUGGAGCCAGACUGAAUUACACUGUGCUGAUCGGAGAUACUCCCUGUUCUCUCACUGUGUCAGACACUCAGUUGCUCUGCGAGCCACCAAACCUCACCGGGCAGCAUAAAGUCCUAGUGCAAGUAGGUGGAUUGCACAUCUCUCCUGGAGAGGUGCACAUCCGAUCAGACAGCUUGCUCACCAUGCCCGCUAUUCUAAGCAUCGCAGCUGGUGGAGGGUUGCUCCUCGUCAUUGUCGUCAUCGUCCUGCUCGCCUACAGACGAAAGUCGCAUGAGAAUGACCUCACUCUGAAGCGCCUGCAGAUGCAAAUGGACAAUCUGGAAUCAAGAGUAGCUCUUGAGUGUAAAGAGGCGUUUGCUGAGCUGCAGACGGACAUCAAUGAGCUAACCAGUGAUCUUGAUAGAGCUGGCAUCCCCUUCCUGGACUAUCGCACUUAUGCAAUGAGGGUUCUCUUCCCAGGGAUCGAUGAUCAUCCUGUGCUGAGGGAGCUGGAGGUUCCUGGGACUGGACAGGCCAGCGUGGAGAAAGCCUUGAAGCAGUUUGCUCAGCUGGUGAAUAACAAAGUAUUCCUGCUGACUUUCAUCCGCACACUGGAGACGCAGCGUUCCUUCUCCAUGCGUGACCGGGGCUACGUAGCUUCGCUCAUCAUGACUGCCUUGCAAGGACGAUUGGAGUAUGCAACAGACAUCCUUAAGCACCUGCUCUCUGACCUUAUAGAACGCAACCUUGAGAGCAAGAACCACCCCAAACUGCUCCUCAGGAGAACAGAGUCGGUGGCAGAGAAGAUGCUGACAAAUUGGUUUGCCUUCUUGCUUCACAAAUUUCUCAAGGAGUGCGCUGGCGAGCCCCUGUUCAUGCUGUUCUGUGCCAUCAAACAGCAAAUGGAGAAGGGACCCAUAGACUCCAUCACAGGGGAGGCAAGAUAUUCCCUCAGUGAAGACAAACUCAUCCGGCAGCAGAUUGAAUACAAGACUCUGACUCUAAGCUGUGUGAAUCCUGACAAUGAGAACAGCCCAGAGAUCCCAGUAAAGGUGCUCAACUGUGACACCAUUACCCAGGUGAAGGAAAAGAUUCUGGAUGCUGUUUACAAAAAUGUGCCAUACUCUACACGACCAAGAGCGUCAGACAUGGACCUAGAGUGGCGGCAGGGCAGAACAGCUCGUGUGGUUCUACAGGACGAGGACAUCACAACAAAGAUAGAAGGAGACUGGAAGAGACUCAACACACUCAUGCACUACCAGGUAUCUGAUCGCUGUGUGGUGGCCUUGGUGCCCAAACAGAUGUCCUCUUUCAUCAUUCCCUCCUCAGCCAGCUUCCCACGCAGUAUCAGCAGAUAUGGUAUGGAUGUCCCUUUCCGCUCCACCCCCACCAGUCCUGACAGCCCUCACUCCCGUGUGCCUAUGAUCACUCCUGAUCUGGAGAGCGGUGUCAAGGUUUGGCAUUUAGUCAAGAACCACGAUCACGGUGACCAGAAAGAGGGAGAGCGCGGAAGCAAGAUGGUGUCUGAAAUCUACCUGACGAGGCUGCUGGCAACAAAGGGUACGUUACAGAAGUUUGUGGACGACUUGUUUGAGACUUUGUUCAGCACCGUGUGUCGAGGUACCGCCCUUCCUCUGGCCAUCAAAUACAUGUUUGACUUCCUUGAUGAGCAGGCCGACACACAUGGCAUCCAUGAUAUGGACGUUCGCCACACAUGGAAAAGCAACUGCCUCCCGCUGCGGUUCUGGGUAAAUGUAAUCAAGAAUCCCCAGUUUGUGUUUGACAUCCAUAAAAGCAGCAUCACAGACGCCUGCCUGUCAGUGGUGGCGCAGACCUUUAUGGACUCUUGUUCAACAUCUGAACACCGCUUGGGAAAAGACUCGCCCUCCACCAAACUGCUCUAUGCCAAGGACAUCCCGCACUACAAAAGCUGGGUGGAAAGGUACUACGCUGACAUCAACCGCCUACCUGCCAUCAGUGAUCAGGAUAUGAAUGCCUAUCUGGCUGAACAGGCUCGCCUCCACUCCAGUGAGUUCAACGUGCUCAGUGCCCUGCAUGAGAUCUACGCUUACGUCAGCAAGUACAGCCAAGAGAUCAUCGAGGCACUGGAGCAAGACGAACAAGCCCAAAAGCAAAAGCUGGCAUAUAAAAUGGAGCAGAUCAUCUUUGCCAUGUCCCAAGAGAGCUGAGAUAUACACACAAGAAUAUAAACAAUUCCCAAGAUGAAUGAACAUUUCCUAUGUCCACUCUGGGACGUAAUAUCACCACACAUUAAAGCAUGAUGGAGGAGUUUUAAACAUACAUGCUUUUCAGAUGUGGACAUCAUCCCUCUCAUAUGCGCAUGUGUGGUCAUAAUCACAUGCACUGAUCCGGUAUACACUGAGAAACUGUGGAUCUAUCUUAUUGACUGUGUGUACACACACAUACAUACCCAUAAAUAUAAAUGUACAUACACAAACCACAGCACACAUCCCACAGCAGAGCACCCCAAAGCAAAGACUUUUAAACCCAGUGUCACUUUUUUUUUUCCUUUUUCGAAGAAACUCCAGCAAGAAAACAUUCAACUUCUAAAACACUCAAGCGAAGAGAAAAAGGAUUUAGGCCAUCAUCAGUUGCAGAAUUCUACUGCCAAUUCUUAUCCACUGGGAAAAUGAUUCGUCUUUGUAGUUGGUGCUUAUACCAAAUGUGUGCGAGGCACCAGCGUGAGCUCUGAAGAGAACAGUUCUUAAUAAGAGAAUGACUCAACGCUAAAGCCAGACGAGGAGCUCAGCGAAGACAGGAGCCAAUUUAAUGGGACGGCA